AUGCGCGAGAAAAAGAGGAAGGAGAAGAAGAAGAGGAAGAAAGAAACGAGCAAACACCGGAAGACGACGACGACGACUUUGCGAUGUCGAUACUCUUCGUUCAACCAUCCCAAACACGUCGCUUUUUUUUCCUCCUCUUCGUCUGAUGAUUUCGUGCCGACAUUUCUCUCCUCGAUUGAACUGUUCGCGUUUUCAACUUCAAACGAGAAUUCUCAGAAGAACGAGGCGAACGAACAGGCAUCAUCGGCAGCAAAGAUUCUUUCGAUCGAUGCCCUAGAUCGUGCAUCUUUUUCUGUGAUUCGAAAGUGCACCAUGGCGGAUGUUUUGAACGCGCAUUUUGUGCACGAGUACGUGAAAGAAGAUGAAGAGAAAGAAGGGAAGAAGAAAAAAGAGUUGAGUUUACUCUCGAUUGGCGACGAGGAGGAGGAUAUUUUCUCCAUCGCUCGAGGCCGGUUCGAAGCGAUUUUGAGCGAGCGUCUGUGCGAGAGACUGGGCGUGUCCGGACCGCUCUCUCGAAGUUCUUCGUCUGAGAGAGAAGAAGAGAGGAGACGGAGAGUCGUCGCGAUAAACUUACGGAGCGAUAACUUUGUACCCGGGCGAACGACGCACGACCGCGUGACGGAUAAUGCGAGGAGGGUUUUUCAUCGUCAAACUUCUUCCUCUGGAGGGAAGUUGGGUAACAUAGCUGGUGAUGGUGGUGGCAGUAAUGUGCUCCUCGCGCACUUUGAGGUUGGAAACGAAGCGAUAGAGAUUGAGAGGUCUAGUUUUGCAAGCGGCGAGAACGCGGUUGAGAUUUCGAGUCGGAAAAUUGAAAAGUGCACAGGAGAAGCGAAAUGUGAGAAAGAGGAAAAUAGGUUGUUUGAACUCGUUGAAUCGUUUCGGCGGUCCGUGGAGAGCAAAGAGAGCGCCGCGAUAACAUCUGGUGAGCACGAGGAGACUUUACGGAAAAUACUCGAAAUUGUAAGCGUCGCUGCUUUGCGAAGUCGGCAGAAAGAGAAGAAGGAAGAGGCGGCGAAGGAGUCUCCGUCUGCCUGUCGCCUUCAUACUGCACGAUGGAGCGGGUUUUUAACAUCAAAUCACCUCGAGCGAGCGCUCAAAGCGACGAAUGAAAUGAUCGAGAAGGACGAUCAGUUUGAGUUUUGCGUUGUUUGCGCCCACGCGUUUCCGAAUCAACCUUCUUGUGAAGCAUUGCAGACAACCACGAGAACGAAGAAGAAGAUGAUGAAGAUGAAGAACAGCAGCGAUAGGAAACGAAAGCAACCGUCGUCGAGCGUUGAAGGAGAAUGCGAAGAAGAACAAGAGGUCGAGAUUUUGGCGCCGAGGACUUGCGCUUUCCUCGUGAUGCAAAAUCAGCGAUACGUGAGUUUCCUUCCGAUAACGUGA